AUGCCGCUCCUACUUCCUCGUCUCGCGUCAAGCAUCCUGUGCUGCUUUGUGCUAUUGGCCGCGACUUCGUCCCUCCUCGUCGCCGUCAUCGAUGCAGCCGAGUGCACGUCCGCGCAGGUGGCGGAGCUCUCGACGCUCAGUGGCAAUGUGACGGCCGUAUGCGGCAGCGACACCCUCUCGAGCACCUCGAGGGCCUACUGCGAUGACAGCGCGUGCCUGGCCUACCUAACCAGCAUGGUCUCCAGCGUCCCGUCCUGCGAGGUGGAGAGCUACAACCUGCGCACCGUGCUCUCCAGCGCCAUCAGCUCGUGCAACGCUGCGUCCGACGCCAUCCCCGCCUCCAAGUCCGGCGCCCCGCAGACGGCAAUCCCGCUAUUGCUGCUGCUGGUGCCGCAACUCGUCGUCGUCCUAGGCCUGUCAGCCUAA